AAUGGCUCGCUUUCUUGCCGCAGCAGCCUGUCUGUCUGUGAUUGCUUCCGCUCAUCCACUGUCGGCCAGGCUGUAUCCUACCGUUCUACGCAGAGAUACCACUGCCGCCAGCAUUGAGCCUGUGUCAGCAAUCUCUCUCUACUACCAAGCAGUCAAUUCAAACUCUAUUGGCGCUCUCGUCCAAGCCGACUUGCAGCUCCCCUCCAUUGUCCUCGAAGACGUCAAUGACUUGUCAAGCGUGACCUGCUCCUCCGAGAGCGUGACGGUGACGUUCAAUUCCACCACCACCUUCAACAAAGCAUACUCUUCCUGGCCUCGUGCCGACCUCCUCGUCGUCACCAACCACCUAGGCAACUGCGACGCAGAAGCCGAGCGCGGAAUCUACCACGCGACAUCUCUCCUCUUCAACCCCUCAACCCUAACCAUCACCGCCUCCACAAGCAAGACCAACCUCCAAGACCAAGCCAAAACCGUCACCAUCGCCUUCGGGCACCCCGUCCCAUCCCACCACAAGCGCGAACUCACCACCAGCAUCGACCUCGCCUGGUCAGGCGACCUCAUCCGCACCACCGCGCUAACCAUCCACGCCAACCACGCCACCCUCGACGCCGCAAUCACCAUCGACGGGAUCAUCGCGUACAACGUCGAGACCAAAACCGCCACAACCCUCGGGCUCGACAUCGCCGUCGCGCUGGACGCGGCGCUCGGCCUCUCCGUCUCGGCCGCAGGCUCCUUCCUGCGCCACGCCUACACCUACAAAUGGAGUCCCGUCGAAGCGGCCGGCUUCUCCAUCCCCGGCAUCCUAACCGUGGGACCGACGCUCGAUCUCAACGUCGGGGUGGACAUGGGGAUGAACGGCACGGCAGAGGUCAGAAGUAACAUGAGCGUGGCGACGAACGGGCUCUUCCAUCUCGAUCUACUCAACAUGACUGAUAGCACUGCGCGGAGCGUCGCGCCAACAGUGACGACAACAUCAACGAUGGACACCGCGUCAGAUAUGCAGCUUGAUCCGUUCGUAGGGGCGGAGGUGGGCGUGACGGUAAAUCUCUUCGAGGGGCUGCUUGAUUUGUCGUCUGGAUUGGUGGCGCGAGCGAUGGUCGUGAAUGUGUUUAAUGUCGAUGCCGAGAUGGUGGUUGGGGAUGAUGGGAAUGUCACGCUGUGGGGCUGUGAGAAUGGGUAUUGGUUUACGAGCGACUUUUGGUUUAAUGUCACGGCGAGGAUGACGGCGCUGUUCACGAUGGAUUUGUAUCAUCUUGAUAUGCCUAUGGUGCAGACUGAGUGUAUUGCCUUUUAG